GAACCCUUUCAGUACGUAGUUCCUCGUGCGUAAAAGUCGCACUGUGUCGUCUGACCCUGCCCGAGUAUAGGAGCGUUAUUCAGGAUGCAGGACUCGCCAUUGUGGGAGCAGAUAGGCACUGGCUUCGUGCGACACUAUUACCAGUUAUUCCAAAGUUAUAGAGCAAAACUCGCUGAUCUAUAUAUUGCCGAGUCGAUGCUAACCUGGGAGGGAGAAAAAAUCUGCGGAAAGGAGGCAAUUACCAAGAAACUCCUUAAUCUGGGCAUCAAAAAAAUUGGGCAUACUAUCACAGCACAGGACCACCAGCCAACCACAGACGGCUGCAUCCUGAGUAUGGUUGUAGGACAAUUAAAAGCUGACAACGAUCAAGUCAUGGGUUUUCAUCAAAUUUUCCUCCUGAGGGAAAUAAACUCUGCCUGGGUGUGCACCAAUGAAAUGUUUCGGCUGGCUAUUCACAACUUUGCCUAAACAAUUCUUCUACUCUGGUGGGCAUGGGCUGUCAAAGUGGGUGGAGGGUAGAGAAGAGAUGGCCUUGGAGAGAUUGGAGAAAGAUCAUGCUACCCUCCUGCUGUCUGCUUCAGCUUGUUUGACAAACGUGAACAACGGAAGAUAAUUGUCAAUCACUAAGCCCAAUUGAUCUGACAUAGUAGAAAUGCAACUCUUGUCUUUCUUCGCUGACAUUGGCCAACCUUUCAAACAUCACCCAAGACACUCACUUUGUGCCAUGCCUCUAGUUCAUUCUAUUCAAUUGUUUGACUUCUUCCAUCUAGUUUUAGAUCAAGCUUGGCUCAGUUCACUUCACCAUCAUGUCAGGUGUAGAUGCCACUAGAAUCACUCUAGCUUUCUUUAGUAUGCGUGGUUAAGUUUUUAAUCUUCCUUUAUUCAAUGCUUCAUUACCAUGUCACCAAAGACUCAUUUAAGACAAUGUUGGAGUUUACUGUUCUGCAUUAUCCUCCUCCAACUGUCUUGCUUUCUUCCACAGAAAUGUUUGGCAAUUUACAUGGACAAAGCCACAACUCACAAUAAAACCCAGACUUUGUUUUUCAUAA